AUGGCCAUAAGGCAAGUCAUCCACAUCACGUUACUUUAUCUGCUGAGCCAUAUAUUCAUCGGGGUGGUUUCUGAACGUUGUAUCAAAGGUGGUUCCGGAGAAUCCAUUUAUGGCUGGAAGUUACAAGGGCACAUUUACAAGACUAUGAAGGCAAACUUCGGAUAUGAGUGCUUACUUAUCUGUCGUCGGGACAACAGAUGUCAGAGUUUCAACUGGGUUAUCUCCCUUAACAUGUGUGAGUUCAGUGAUAGAACCAAAGAAGCCAGAUCUGAGGACUUUGUUCCGGACCCAGAUAGAUAUUAUUAUAGAAGAGACAUGAAUCGAGGUAAAAUGAGUUUGGUUGCCUUUUAUUGGGGAUAUGGUAGAUAUUUGGGAUAUGGUAGAUAUCUGAUACGAACCUUUUAAUAUCUUUUACUUUCAAAAACCAAAACCCUGAAAUCCUUUCACAGCAGCAAAUCGAUAAGACUAGCCUUUAGUUUUGAAACCACAGAAAAAGUUCAUUUUUACAUACAUUGCUAACUAACGUUACAUAUUUUCCUUUCAGCACCUCUUGGAUCCUCUCCUGAGCUCCCAGCGGAAACGUGUACUGAGAUCAAAGCGAGCGAAGAAGAAGCAGCGAGCCAGAAGUACUGGCUGAGUAUCAUCACACCUGGUUUCCCUGUGCUUGCAUAUUGUGAUAUGGAGACCGAAGGCAAGUUUUAAACUAACACGCUAGUUCCUGUUCGGUAAAACUACUAGUCCAGCGAUGAAAAAACCUGCGAUAAUUAUGAUCCACCCUUGCUUGCGCUUGCCGCAUGUAAAAAGACAGAAAGAAUGUAUAACUUGGUUUAGUUAAAGUGCCCUUAUUCUUUUUCAAGAUAGCCUAUAACGUCAGCUUACUAAAAGUUACGUACUUGAAGUUGUUUCUUUUUAUUCUUAUUGCAAAAUAUGGGCCAGAAAGGAUUAUUUUGCUAUUUUUGAGUUUUAAACAAUGAUCUGAAGAGUUGAGUUUACAGUUAGCAUUCGAGCUUGCUAUUUUUAAAUGGCUAAAACCCUUUCUAUCUCUAAUUCCCCAACCCCAAGACGAGAGGCAAGUGUUUCCUUCCAGGCUCCUUUAACAAUGUAUCUCCUGUGUAUGAUUAAUGUUUUAAAGGCGUUCCUUUUUGCAUUCAUAGAUAUCGACGAGUGCAGCGCUAUUCCCUCGGUUUGUGAUGUGAAUGCAAACUGCCAGAACAAGGUCGGCUCUUAUCUCUGUACAUGCAAACCUGGUUUUGUUGGAGACGGAAAAACGUGCAGCAGAGGUAUUAAUCUCCUCUAAACUUCUAUAAUCCUUGCAAUAUCAACACGCCUAACACGAGGUUUCGAAUACAUCGUGUACUUGAGCCGUUGUUUGGUUCAAUACUUAAUGGAGCCGAAAAUUUCAUUUUGCAGUGCAAAUAGUGGCAUCAUGCAGUGACAUGAAAAGAAUCGAUAACGAUGUAACUGAUGGAACCUACAAUUUAACUUCACUUGCCUGGAAAAUCUCAGUAGGUGCAAACUGUUUUUUCAUUUGUUAAUGUGAAGCAAUAGACCUUUUUAGUUUGUGUUUUGUUUACCCAUUUCAGACCACGUGAUGGUACCAAAGAAAACUGUUUCUUUCAAAUGCCGUCCUGUCCACGUGCAUAAAUUAAUAUAUUGAGUAUGAAAACACAAAAGGCAAAUUCCCUUUAGAACAUCACGUGAUCUGACCUUACAAGCUGAAAAGGUUUAUUGUUGCUUAUUACAAAGCCUUUUCAUAUGAACUUGCGCCGUCCGCCAUGUUAGUGUACCGGAACAAUGCGUCGAAGCCAAAAUCACGCUUUGUUUAGGGCAUACAUGCACAAUAAGCAAGCGUUCACGUUUUCUUCGGCUCUCCUAAAAUGAGGAAACUAUAGCUUACGUGACAGUAAGCGCGUUUCUAUCGGAGUCACGUGUUUCUAGUUUAAAUAAAUAAGGGAAACGACUUUUCGAUCGAAUUUUCCUCAAGUUCUAGCUAGAAGUCGAGAGAUCGAUAGAUCGGAAGGGUUCUAUUGUAUCAUGAUUGUAUCUUUGGAGCGUCGUUUCGACAUCGCCGCCAUUCCUCUAGGUCUUAGUCCUUUCGCGGUCUAAGCAAUGUUUUCGAUUUGUGUAAGCCAAUCAGAUUACAGGAAAUCAUAUAUCCGGUUCUGUUUGUGGCCCCCACUAAUAAAACGGCGGCCAUGUGGAUGACCCAUACCAUUUCUAUGGGAGUUGAACUAUUUUCGUAUGCAAGCGCUUUCUUUUGUCGCAAUAAAUUUACAUCGCUACUGGCCACUUGGGUGAAAACUUUCUAUAGAAAACACUGCACAACUAAUCAUGUUACCUCAUACUAUGUCAUUGAUUUUAUCUAUUAAGGUUUACUGUGAUAUGACAUCUUCUGGCUAUGGAUGGACCCUCAUCGCUCGGUUCUCGAACAAUGACACCAAACGUUGGAUGAAUGACACCGGGUUUUGGUGGUACGACAGAAAUAUUAGUUUUGGGAUAACGACUGAUUCAUCGCACAAUGCUGACAUGAUCUCUCCAGCAUUCUGGCUGGUCAGAGGUAACGAGCUGAAAAUCACGCGCAGUGAUGACCAUCAACAUGUCGCUCUAUUGCAAACCACUGGAAACUGUUUGGGGGGACAGACAUUCAGAUCGAAAAUAACCACUUAUGGUAACUUCAGGGAUGGUGCCAUUUGGGCAAGUAACCGAUGUCUGGGUCAUUGUACUGUUCAGUAUGGCGGUCAGUACGCAACAACUGGAGGCUUCAAACACGCAACAUGUACAGGAAACAUCCAAGGUUCUAAUGCAAUCGGCUUCUGGUGUGACUGGGACGCAGGUGAUGGAGCGGUGAUGAUGAUUGGUGGAGGAGGCAACACCUGUUCACGUGCUGACCACGGAAUUGGAAUAACAGAAGCUAACGCGGCAUCUUUUGAUAAAGCUGGAACCCAAGAACACGAUUUUGGGGAUGAGGCUAACUCGGCACAAGAUAAAACAUACUCCCUAAACCUGUGGAUACGAUAA